AUGGAAGACUCUCCUGACGAAUUUUCGUGUCGCAGCUAUAGCUGGGACAUCAUUAAUGAGUGAGUAUUCCUUUUUUUUCAAACGGCUUACUCAACCAUGGAUUGAUAAGGGAGCACCUUUGUCUAAAAAUGUAAACCCCCUUUAGGCUACAACUACACUAAAAACGCGUGCUCGCGACACGAUAUCGGAUGAUAUACGCCGUAUUCUCGUAUUCUGGAAAAGAGUUUCGUCCGACGUUUGACGAAAAAAGAAAAUGUGAAUGCAUGUUAACUAAAGAAAUGAGGCGAAUACUUAAGGAUCUGCUUGUCCCUUCAUGAUUUUCCAAACAGAUUUUAAUUACCUUAGAAUAAAUAUUAACAAGUUCUAUUAUAUAUUGAGUCAAUUCAAUAUGAUAAACAGUUAAAUUUAAAAUAAUACUAUGCACUGGUAGGUAUAUAUUGGACGACAUAAUAUGAAAAACAAAAUGAUUUGAUUUUUCACUGAUGUCCGAACAUUUCAGCUAAUGUGCUCGUGUUUUGUACCACUGUAGGUAUAGGCAUAACGUGAUGGUUUUUUGUGGGGGACCUAUAGCCCUAAUAAGUGUUAAUUUGGAUACUUACAUAAUAUUUAUACCUACUCCUUGAUGUUGGCGUUUUAUUGCACCUUCCUUUAAAGUAUACGGUUAUUUAGAAAGGGAUUUUGGGAAUCAAAUCAAAGAGCUGUUCACUUAUUAAUUUUGUAUUUAAAUACAAUCAAUAUGCAGUAAAAAUAUUUCGUUAAAUAAAAUACAAACAUUUUAACUUGCAUAUAUUAUAGUAAAGUAAAAUAUAUAGGUAUACAAUACAAAUAUCAUAGAUAAAUAUUUAAAUUACAAAUAAUUUUAUGCAAAUGAAAAUAAAUGUUUAGAUGCUGGUUUUAUAUUUUUAAGAAUAAUUAUGAUAUAACGGUAUAAAAACUAAGAUAUUAACGAUGAUAGUAAGAACUAAGAAUUAGAAAUAAAUCAUAAAACUUAAUUUAACCAUCCACUUUAUUCGAAAAAAAAUAUUUAAUAUUAAUAAUUGAUUUAAUGGUGUCUAUGUUAAUAUCAUUAUUUUUAUUUCAGCAUUAAAAUUAUUUUUAUAAAUUCUUAAUAUCUUCUAAAAAAAAAAAAAUCAAAUACAAUAAAGUAUACAUUUUUAAAGAUCAACAAUUAAACAAUUUUGUACUAUAUUUUAAUAGAAUUUCAGAACAUUACUAAUCUAAUUAAUUAACAAGAGGCUAAAGAAGAAUGAUCCUACCAAAAUGUAUAUUCGAAUAAGAAGUUUGGUAGACAAUAGAUUCCCAAGAAAAAUGGGUGACAGGGAUGAAUUCAUUUAGGUUCUAUAUGAAAAAAACAGCAUUUGUCUAGCCAAAAAAGUGUUUUAAAAGAAAACAAUAAAAAAAUAAAACAAUUUUUCAGAACAAUUAUAUACAUUUUUAAAAAUAUUGUAAAUAAAGUAACACUAGGUGAAAAUAUACAUCUAUUGAUAUUGUAUGACAAACAUUUUAUGAUGACUUAGAAUUUAAAUGACUUAAAAUUUUCAACAAAAAAAAAGUUUUAAAAAGUUAAUACUUCCCGAAAUAAUGAGUGUCUUUUGAUAGAUUGAUCACCUAGUAGAGGGGAAUUUAAUAUAUAUCUGUAUGCAACAAUUGACCAUUGCUAACUAAAAAAAUGACCUAACUUGAAAGAAAAAGUAAUACUAUAAUACUGUAUACUAGUAUUAUUAAUUAGGUAAUCUUCUAAAUUCACCUAAUCUAACUUGAUUUUUUUGUUAUAUCUCCUUAUAAGAGGGGAUUAGAAUACUUUAACAGUACCUCUACUUGUAGUAAAAAAGUGACAUGGGCUUGCACUAGGUUGACAUCCGGUGUAAAAUUCUGUCAAACAGUAUGCAUAUUUUUAAAUAAGAUUUUGAUGGAUUGUCUCGUCUUGAAUGUGCAUAGGGACAACAGCAGGGCGAUUCUGUAUUUUUAUACAAAUGACUUGUAAAUUAAACUUGUAGAUUAAGAGACUAGUAAAGUUAUUGCUACUAAAUUGCGAUUCUGUUACCAAAUUUAAUUUAUAAUUCAAACUUAAAAGUAUUAUUACGCCUUUGAAUUAGUCAAAUUAUGUAUGGUACUAACAAUGAUAUGCCAAAACAUGUUUUUUAGACUUAAUAUUCUAUAUUUUUCUAGUCAAAAGUGAUAACACAAAUUAUUGUUAUUUGAAAUAGUUAGUAGCUAGUGGUAAUAAAUCUUUAAAAAGUGAAAUAACUAAAUAAAUUAAAUAGAGUUUUUAUUCGCCCAUAUUCUCUAUAUUAAUGAAGAGGAAAGAAUAUUCAGAUAAAUGAAUUUCGAGUGUACCGUUCAUUUUAAAGGGGUUCAAAUAACUAUUUUAAAUAUGAUGAUUUUAAUUUCAAAAAAGCUGUCCUAAGAUAAUGGGGAUGGGUGUAGCCACUGUAAUUUAAUGUAUAUCUGUAAGCAACGAUUAACCAUUGCUAAUGAAAAAAUGGUUCUGUGCAGAAUUCGGUUGAUAGUGUUGCUUUAUUAACAAUAUCUAUGUCAUAUUAUGGUAAAAUAAUUACAUAUUAUGUAUUAAAUAUUUUCGUUAGUAAUAUUUGUUUAAUCUUGUACCUGUUUUCCUUGCUUUUCCGGGGUUUUCUCAUUUAUUGGGAAAAUUAUUGAGAAAAUUAAAAAAUCCCCAAAGUACCACCCCAGUCUGAUUUCCUUUCAGAAUAAAUGCUACACUUAUAAUCUGACCACAAUUUCCAGGUGGCUGACUUCAAAUAGUUGUGAUUAAGAUGAAAGAGAAGAAGAAAAAGAUUGUUGUAUUCAUCUGUAUUAAUUAAUUUAGUGGAUGAUAUAAAUUAUUACAAUAACCAUAGAUAGUGUAAGAUGACAAUAGAAUUGGAAAUUUUAUUUUUUCAACUAUAGACAGAUUAAAUCAAAUAUUAAUAGAAAAAUAGUUAAAUAGCCAUAAAUGGGGACUCCACCUUGGUUAAUAAUUAUGUAUUUAUAUAUUUUUUAAUGUAUUGUACCAUUUAUUAUUUAGGAUUGACAAACUUUUGGAAGAAUGUGAAUCUGAUACUGAAGACAUGGAUGUAGUAAAGCCUAAUGAUUUAGUACCUGCUUCAGUAAGUAAAUUAAAAUGUGUAAAUAAAUAUACAAGAUGAUCUAUUGUUUAAAUUGAUUUUAAAUUUUAAUAUUAUGUAAAAUAUUAGUAUUUACAUAUUAUGUUAUUUAGGUUAUGUACCUAUUUCUGUAUCUAUUUUAAUUAAAUUAAAAAUAUUUCUGUGUGCAUCCCUGCAAUAUAAGUGCAUAAAGUUUUGUUCUUACAAAACAUAGUUACUAUGAUUACCUUUAGUAUAGGUUAAUACUUAUCUAAUGUAAUGAUUAAACAUUUUAUUGAUUGCCAAAAACUGUCAGCUUAGUGAAUAUUUCAUAAAUAUGUCUGGAAAUUCUAAUAUUAUACAAUGCAUGUUUCAAGCAAUGUGUUAUUGAUUUAAACUAACAUAUCCGCUACAGAUUCAAUAAUUAUUAUUGAUGUUGUAAUAAAAUAAUAAUAAUAAGAAGUAGCUAACAAUAUUAUUUUUUUGAUAUGCCAUUUGUGACAUUUAUAAUUAAACCUCUGUAGUUGAUAAUAUUGAAAGGUUUACUUUAUAAUUAUAUUUUAUUUUUAGUUAGAGAUAGAUUAUAGGCCUUUAAGGCUAAACUGAUAAACUUAUUUUCCACCAUUUAACCUUAUUUUAUACCAAGGUUUAGUCAUUCUAUAUCUGGUUCUGUAAGCUUCACUUCUAACCUCGUUUAAUCUUCUCAUCUCAGAUAGGGGUGUCCUAGUGGUCUUUUUCCUGUUGGACUAUUGUCUAGUAUCAGAUGUAUAAACUAAUCCCCAACCAGGUGUUGUUGGCCCAUCCUAAUCUUCUUUUUUUAAUUUCACUCACUAUGCUAUGGUACCUAUAGAGUUCUUUAAUUUUAUUGUUUUUCAGAUCCUCUACUCUAUUGCUAAUGACUAGAAUGUAGCCAAAUAUUUUUCUUAAUACCUUUCAUUCAAAUACUAGUAGGUUAUUUAUCUGAGUUUAUGUAUUAUCUAAGUUCGACUUUCAUACAUUACUACAGGUCUUAUUAGUGUUUAGUAAAGUUGAAGCUUUAAGUCUUUGUAUAAAGAAUUGCCAACUUUUACUGGCACGAUCAGUGCUUCACUUCGAUAGAUUUAAAUAACCGAUUACCGCUAUGAACCUGUUACUGGCCUAUAAAAAGCUGGUAUUUUAAUUGAAUCAAGAGUUUCGACCAGAGAUGGAUGUAUGUUUAUCAUCUUCUACACCAUUAAAAAAUAUUAAUGCAUUUGUUGAACAUAUUUUUAGCUAUAUGAAUAGUUUGUGGAUCAUCAGGGAGAAUUGUUUGGGAGUUAACACAGUUAUUUAUUGGAAACAACUUAAUAUAUACAUGUAGGUAUAGAAUUUUUUCAAAAAAUUAUAACUAAAAAAAAUGUAUUAAAUGCUGCUAAAAAAUACCUUUAAUUAAAUAUACCUUAAUAUAACUUUAAUAAAAAGGUUUAAUUUGUUUUAUUAUUUUAUACUUAUCAUUUUGUUAUUAUAUUAAAAUUACCUACAAUUACCUCUUUAAUGUAGCUUAUAAUGAAAAUAUUGAAAUAAAAUUCUAUAAGAAAAUGACCCUUGCUUUUUUUUUGCAAGGGGCCAGUAUUUUGUAAAUGAAAAGUUUGCCAACCCUAUUGUAUAGCAUUUUUGACUUAAGUAUCUUGUUAAAACUAUAAGAAUUAUUUCCAUGCUUGUAUCCUGGCUCUCAUUUCAUUUUAGAUCUCACAUAAUAUUCAUAUUAUUUGACAUUUUAAUGUUAUUUGUAUUCAUAUUUGCAAUUUAUGUUGUUUAAUUGUCGUGGCUUGCAAAUAUUUUAUACUAGAAAAUAUUAUAUUGAUAGAUAAAAGAUAAUAAAAAAAUGGAUGGGCCAUCCUUAUACCUUAUUCACAGAGCGGUCUGUGAUUGAGUUGUUGAAGAUGUUACCACAGUGGUUAGACUGUGGUUGCCAGCUAAUUAAUUAAUUAAUAAAGAUAGAUGAUAAUAUUUUAUUAUUUUAAACAAUAAUUUAUUAAGUUGCUGCAUGCUAAUUAUUUCUAUAGUAUAUUAUUGUUGUGUAGACUAAGUAUUAGUAUUAUGUAUUUUACUCACUUAUAUUAUAUAACUUAUAAGUUACAUUUACAUCUUUGCAAUAAAUUAUUUAAAAAAAAAAAAAAAAAAUUAAUAUUGAAACAAAUCAAAAUUAUUCAUUUUAGAAUAGUACCAGUUCUGUGUAUUUAGACCUAUUGUUAUUUUACUAUUUUAGAUUCUGAGUGAAGUGAGGAAUGUAUUGGUUUUAUAAUAUUAUUUAUUUUUUUUUAUCUGAACAACGUUUCUACUAACUUGCUCCAAUUUUUUAGUGUAGUACCUUUUCUGAAAGAAAAUUUUAUUUUUUAAGUAAUUUUUUUAUCUCCCAGCCGUUUUCAUAAUCAUUUGGAAAAAAGUAGUAAAAAUGGGAAAAUGUACAAAAUUUUCAAUUUGUUGUGAUUCAGUUAAAAAUAUUUUUAAAGCUUUAAAAUUUAAACAGAACACUUAUUUUUGCAUUUUUUAGAGGUGGUAAAGCAUUUUAGCCAUUUUUGAGCUAUUUAUAGACAUUUUAAUUUUGGGAGUUUUUAUGUAAUUUUUUUGGUGGGUUCUUAUGGAUAAAAUUAUUAGGUCUAACAAAUAUUAUUGAAAAUUUAAAAGGAGAUUCAAAAUAAGUUGUAUUUUGUACUUAAUAAAAAAAAAAAAAAAAAUGAGCGUAAUGUAGAAUUUUUUUUGAGUAUUUUAAUAUCAAAUUUCUGUGAAAAUCGUGAAUAUUACAGCUUUUCAAAACAUGUAUAACUUUGAAUCGCUUUUAGUGAGUAAAAAUUAUUCCUUGAUUCAGAUGCUCAUUAAAUUCUCCUUUAUAUCCUACCUUCUCAAAUUUUCACUUACAACAGUAGCCCAUCUUGUGAAGUAUAUCCAUCUUUUUUCUUUUUUAAUUCGUAAUACAUUCUUAUACAUAUCUAAAAAUUUGAAUGCAAUUAAAUUUGUUAGUUGGUCCUUGUGUGUAUACUAUCCAAAAUACAUGUAUUUUCGCUGCAAUUUUUUUUUUUAAAAUAUGUAUCCAAUUGAUUAUUAUUAUUUAUUUUAUUCCAGAAGAAAUUGAUGGUUUUGUGAUUUGCACUAAAUGAAUAAUUAGUCAAUUAAUUAAUAUCAUAGCCUUCCACAAAAACCCAUUCAUAAUGAGUGAUAAAAAUGAAAAUCAUGAUUUGAUAUCAGCCCUUUAAUUAGAGGUAGAAUAAGGGGUGUUUUUUUAAAUUUUAUGAAAUCUGCAUAUUUCACAUCAAAUUAUAUGUUUUAAAUGUUGUUGAACUUAUAUUAUCUACAUUUUUGUAAUCAGUCCCUAAUUAGGGAGGCAAGAGGUGAUUUUUAAUUUUUUAAAAUCUAAUUAUAAUUUAUAACUAUUGAACUACAUAUAUUUAAAGUAAGUUUUUUAACCGUCCAUAUUGUGUUAUUACUACUAUAUUCUAUGAUUUGUCUUGUUUCUAUUUAAUACUCAAUAAUGACAUUGCUUUGUUUGAUAAUUUGAGUGAUAUUUGUUUGGAAGCGUUCUUAUAACUGAUUUCAUAUACUGAUAUUAUAGGAUCAGAUGAUGUUUUAAAUUCAUACAUAAAAGUUCUUCAUUUGUAUUUACUCAUGUGUUUUUUCGUAUGUGAUGUUGUCGGUACAUUUUGCAGUCUUUGUCUUAGUCUUUCUAAGCUUAUUCAAAUAAUAAGUGUUCAUAAAAAAAAAAAAAAAAUUAUAAUAUGAGCCUCAUUUAACAUAUUAAAAAAUAAAAACUUGCUUAAAGUAAAUUAAAUAACUCAAGGUAUAUAAAAUCAUUUUCAAAACCACUAUUACUACACGUUUAAAUGAUAAUAAAAGAAGUCAUUCUAUUAAAUUAUUAUUAAAAUGGCAUUUUUUGUAAUGUUAAAACAGUUAUACCUGGUUAAUACACAAGUUUAUGCAAAUAAAAUGUGUUAUACACUAAUAUGGUAUAUUCAAUAUCAUGGACGUAUUUUUUGACCAACAUAAUUUUACUUUUAUUAAUAAUAUCAUUUUAAGUUCUAAAAAUAGAAAAUAACAAAAAAAAAUUAUAUAUAUAUCAAUUUUAUGAAAAACAUCAUUAUUUAUUUAACAUAUGGUGAGUUGUACUCAAAUAUUCAAAAACAAAAAACCAUUUUUUUAAAAUUGUAUACAAUAUGAAUAACUUUCACAAAAGACAGAAUAAAUAAUGCAUGUUAUCAGCUAUUUAUCAACAUUUUUGUGAACUUAUUAUAGUUGUAUUGGAUAAAUAAGAUGUAAUAGGGUCCUAUAUUAUGAAAUAUUAAUUAAAUAUUAAUUAGGUAAUCUAUCAUAUUCAUUUGAUAUCACAUUUUUAAAAAUAUGUUUUUAAUAGAAAUUUAUUUUAUAAGCAUUUAAAAAAAUAAUUACUACUUUACACUCUACUUUUUAUUAUUUACCACUAAGUACAACUUAUAAUGAAUCUUGUGUUAAAUUUUCAAACAUUUCUGUUUAACGAAACAAUGUUUUCCACAUAAUACCAACCAAUUAAAAACUACUUAAAAACCUGCCAAACAUAAAAUGUCUGUAUGUCUCAAAAAUCUUUUUUUGAUUGGAACAAUUUUUAUGAUUGAAAAGUUGUUUAGAUACAAAAAGAAGCACACAUCAUAAUAAAACCCUCUCUACUCUUAAAAUAUAAUAGGAAAUAUUUUGUAUAUUAUAUAAUGUAAUAUUGUAUAAUAAAGUAAAUUAUUAAUAUGAAUUGUAUUUUUGUUUAUGAUUAUUUAGACUGUUAAUAUAACUCAUCACAGCCCUGUUAGAAAGAAUGAAGUAGAAUUCAUUGGGUAAUAUAUUUUUGAUUUAUCAUUUUCUAUGAUUUAGUUAAUAUAAUUAUAAUAUUACGUUUUAGUAAAAAAAGAGCAAUUUUUGAACUGCUAGAAGACCAUGAAGAAUAUGGCGUUUAUGAACACAAUCCAGAAGAAUAUAAUUGGACUGUUUUUUAUAAAACACUGCCUCCUGUAAGUUCUGAAUUUAUAUUUUAAUUAAUUACCUAUUAUUUUAAAGAAUUAGAUCUCAUAUUCUUAGAUAUAUUUUUACAAAAUAUAAGUAUAUAUUUUUCCAUCACACAAACAAUUAUUUAAAAAAAUUAUCCUCAAUCUUUUAUAGAAAAACUAAUUAAAAAUACAAUUUUACUAUGUACUAAUACGUUAAGAGUUAUUUUAGCUUGUAGAAACUAGAAACUAGACAAAUAUUAUCAAUUCAAACAUAUUUUGUAUAUUAAAGUAAAACAUAUUAAUAAAAAUAAUUCUCCUAUUUAUUUUAAGGGUGAACAUCACAAGAACAUCAAAAAAGAACCAGGAACUGAAACUAUAAAUGGUACCUAUCAAUAUUUUUGUCAUUUUCUGAUUUACAUAAUAAUUUAAUUAAUUUAAUUGAUUUAUAUUUUAUUUUAUUUCAAAUGAUGAUACUUUUAAUUAUGCAAUGGAGUUUACAAUUCUUAUUAUGAGUUUGAUAAAUCAUUAUUAUUUGUAUUGAAACAGUAUUUCUAAAUUAUGUUAAAUGUGAUAAGAUUAUAUUUUAACAAUGAUCAAUAUAUAUUUAUUUAGGUUAUUCCACCACAGAUCAACAAAUAAAAGUAAAGAUUGAACCUGAUAUUGCUGAAUCAAAUGAUCUAAGUCGGGUGAGUAAAUAAUUAAUAAUUCUAUGUUUUUCAUUUAAAAUAACUACACUAAAAUAUCCUUAUAACUAUGGCUGGGAUUGGAUAGCACUAAAAAUCAUUGAAAAAUGAUUUUAAAAAUAACAUAAAUUAAAAAUCGCUCAUGAUGAGAUAUAAACUGUUUAACAAACUAAUUAAGAGAAUGUUGAACCCAUAUCUACUGUAUCAGUUCAACAAUCAGGUAACCUGCAAAAACAAUGCUUACGUAGAAUAAGUAAAACUAGCUUAAUUUUGAUUUUAGAGUAAAAGUACCUAUUAUACAAUUUAUAGAGAACAAUAUUUUAAAUGUCAGAGUUUUUUUUUAAAUAAUGGACUGUUAAAAAAAGCUACAGUUAUUUAAAAAACAAAAAAAAUAUUUUGUAUCUAGCUGUAUAUUUUGAAUAACACAAAAACCCUAUGAGAUCCUCUCAUAGAAAUAUUGUUUUCUAUACAUUUUAUAAUAUAUUUACCUUUGCUCUGAAACCAAAAUUAAGCUAGUUUUACCUAUUUUACAUAAGCAUGGUUUUUGCAAGAGGCAAGAUGUCCUCUUAAUAAUAUUUAUUAUUUAGCCAUGAGACAGUAUCACAAAAAGAUCCUUUUUAUUCCACCAGGAAGAUAUUUAAUUAAGUAAAAUAAACAAAUUUUUCAUGAACAAUUUUCUAAAAAAAGUUGCUAUUUUUUGAGUUAUUUAACUUUAAAGUAACAAAUGGUUUAUAUUAUUAAACUCGAUUUUUCAAUGUUUUUUUUAGUGUGAUAACAGUUGGGUGUAGAUAUUAUCAAAUCAACCUCCUUCAUAGAUGUAUUCUUUAUCCAUGGUCCUUCUAUAGUUUCAAUACAUAAAUAAUGUAUAUUUAAUAUAUAGGUAUUAUCUAUGGUUUAAUAUUAUUAUUAUAAAUUUAUGAGGUAUUUUAUCAAUCUCCAGUUAAGAGAAUUUAAACUCCAAUUAAUGUUAAUCAACAAUUAAACUAAAAAUGUAAUUUUAUUAUCACUUGGUUAACAUUUUAACUAGGCUUUAACUGUAAAAUAGUUAAUUUGAAAUAUUCCCCCUCCCCCCCCCCGAUUAUAAUGUUUAACUAGAGAAUAGGUACAAUGUUAUCAGUAAAUACUAUGUGAUAACAUUUUGUGAUUUUAUUAAUUUCAAAUGAUAUUUUUUUAACUUUCGUUGACGUUUUUAAUUUAUUAAAUGUAAGAACCAAUUCAAUUUAAAAAUUGAUAAACUUGUUUUAUUACCUACUUAUUUGAUAUUGCCAUAGAGGGACACCCUGUAUAACCCACUGAUUACAUUGAAGUAAAUAGAGAUAAACAAUUUAGAGCCCAAUAUUGUAGAUUGUACUGUUGUAGGUGAAAGUUGGGAAGGUAGGAUACAUAAGGUUAUUUAAUUUAUAUCUGUAAGCAACGAUAAAUCAUUUCUGAUGAAAGUGCAGAUUCCAAGCCCUGCUUUAUUUCUGCUAUUAAAACAUUUAUUAUUUUUUCUUAAUUAUUUACUAAAAUUGCAUGUACAAAAAAAGUAGAUUUUACAUUGAAAAAUUAUUAAAAUGUAUAAUAAAUAAAUGGUUUUUAAUUUACUUUGAAAGAACUUUAUAUACUUUAUAACUUUAAUACUAAUUAAACUUAAAAUAAAUAAAUUGGUAAUAAAUAUAAAACUAUAACAAUGUAUAAAUGUUGAUAGUUAUUAAUGUACCGGGUGGGCUUGUACAUUUUUGCAUAGGUAUCAUAUUUUUGUCUGUUUUAAUAUUUUAGACUGCGCAAGUUUCUUAAUACUGUUUUAAAAGACAUGAUCUAUGUUUGUUUUUAGAUUUGGAGGGAUCUAGGUUUUACUAUGAUGUGUUUUCUUUUUCUAUUUGUGAACCACUUUUCUACUAGAAAACUUACUCCAAAGUAUAGAUUAUAGAACAUUUUCUGAAGGGUAAUUUUUUCUAGUUAGUGCAUUGGGUAAGUCUUACUAUUUUUCAAGGGGUUUUCAAAAUAAUCGGGAAAAUCCGAAAGGAAAGUAUAGGUAAAAUGGCAAAUAUGUAUUAACUGCGCUACAGUUUUCAUUGUUUUAUUAUGUUUACACAAUGUUUUCUACUAGAAAUAUUACUUCAGUUGAAAAAUGACAAGUGAUCAAUUUAGUUCAUUUUAAUACUACUGACAGAGUAGGUCAUUUUAUGAUAUCUAAAGUAUUUUACAUAAUAAAUGGGGAAAACCAAAAAGGAAGAAAUACAUAUACAAUAUUUUUCAAAUUAUGACACAAUUUCAUUAUUUGAAAUUUGUAUGGCUUAUGUUUUCUACCAUGAAUAUUGCUCUAAUAGAUAAAUGAUAAGAGACCUUUUUUGUAUUUUUAAAUUGAGUUAAUUAAAUUCUUUUUUUGGGAUUUAUGAAUGAUGUCUGAAUAUUGAUUAGUUUUAUUAUUACAGAUUAGUAUAUUAGACUAUGCAUUUUUCAUAGGACUCAUGCCAUUUUAUCAUUAUCUUAAUCCUAAUAUAAUCAUGUAUCCAUUGUUAUGGAAUUGUAAUUAACAUUGGAAUAAAAAACUAAACUAAUCUUGAUUGUAUCUAGUAUCUAGAAUCUUUACGAAAAAAGGUACACAAUACAUCACAAAUAAAAGUAUAUAGAUACAAUUAAUUAACAUCAAAAGAUAUUCCUAUCUUAGAUAUUGCUCAUUUCUGAUUACAAUAAAUAUGAAUCAUUUAAAUAUCUAACAUAUUUUUAAGCAUAGGCAAUUGGUUUAAUCAUUUGAAUUCAUAAACAAAUUUGAGUAAAAGUAAUUACCCAAAAAAGUGGAGAGGGGGUUGCCAUUUAAAAGGGAAAGUUAUGCAUGCUUACAAUUAAAUUGCAUAAUAAUAGUUUAAUUUAAUAAAUAUAAAAAAAAUGUUGAGCAUUAAAAAAAAAAAAAAACCAAUUAAAAUAUAUUAAAUAUUUACAAAUCUAAAAAGUAUAUUUUAUAAUUUAAAAUAUAAAUUUUUUUUCUGUUUUUAGAUCUUAAAUAAUACAAAUACAAAUCCUGAACAUUCAGUAGAAGAUGAUGAAAUAAUGGGCAAUUUAUGGGAAACGCCUCUUUUUUCUAACCAGACAUCUACUCCCCAAACUAAUAAAUAUUCACAAACUGACAUACAAAAAAAUUGUAUAAAAGAUUUUACUUUCAAAAUCUUUCCACUUUCUGACAAAACAUCUGCUUGCCCUACAAAUUUAAUUCCUACAUAUUCACAAAUUAGCAAACCUGAAAUCCAUAGAGAUCAGAAUGUAUUGAAGCAGUCAUAUUCCGAUAAAGGACUAACUUUCAAUAAAAAUGUUGAUCCUAAAUAUUCACAAAUUAGCCAACCUGAAAUCCCUAGAGAUCAGAAUGUAUUGAAGCAGUCAUAUUCCGAUAAAGGACUAACUUUCAAUAAAAAUGUUGAUCCUAAAUAUUCAAAAAUUAAUAAACCUGAAACCCAUAGAGAUCAGAAUGUUGUAUCGAAGCAGUCCUAUUCUGAUAAAGGAUUAACUUUCACUAAAAAUGUUGUUCCUAAAUAUUCACAAAUUAGUAAACCUGAAACCUAUAGAGAUCAGUAGUAAACCUGAAACCUAUAGAGAUCAGAAUGUUGUAUUGAAGCAGUCCUAUUCCGAUAAAAGAUUAAUUUUCAAUAAAAAUGUUGAUCCUAAAUAUUCACAAAUUAGCAAACCUGAAAUCUGUAAAGAUCAGAAUGUAUUGAAGCAGUCAUACUCUGAUAAAGAAUUAACUUCUAAUAAAAAUUAUGAUCCUAAAUAUUCACAAAUUAGCGAACCUGAAACCUAUAGAGAUCAGAAUGUUGUAUUGAAGCAGUCCUAUUCCGAUAAAGGAUUAACUUUCAAUAAAAAUGUUGAUCCUAAAUAUUCACAAAUUAGCAAACCUGAAAUCUGUAAAGAUCAGAAUGUAUUGAAGCAGUCAUACUCUGAUAAAGAAUUAACUUCUAAUAAAAAUUAUGAUCCUAAAUAUUCACAAAUUAGCGAACCUGAAACCUAUAGAGAUCAGAAUGUUGUAUUGAAGCAGUCAUAUUCUGAUAAAGGAUUAACUUUCAAUAAAAAUGUUGAUCCUAAAUAUUCACAAAUUAGUAAGCCUGAAAUCCAUACAGAUCAGAAUGUAUUGAAGCAGUCCUAUUCCGAUAAAGGAUUAACUUUCAAUAAAAAUGAUGAUCCUGAAUAUUCACAAAUUAGUGAACCUGAAAUCCAUAGAGAUCAGAAUGUUGUAUUGGAGCAGUCAUAUUCUGAUAAAGAAUUAACUUCUAAUAAAAAUGAUGAUCCUGAAUAUUCACAAAUUAGCGAACCUGAAAUCCAUAGAGAUCAAAAUGUUGUAUUGGAGCAGUCAUAUUCUGAUAAAGGAAUAACUUCCAAUAAAAAUGUUGAUCCUAAACAUUCACCAAUUAGUAAACCUGAAACCCGUAGAGAUCAGAAUGUUGUAUUGGAACAGUCAUACGCUGAUAAAGGAUUAACUUCUAAUAAAAAUGUUGAUCCUGAAUAUUCACAAAUUACCAUACCUGAAAUCCGAAGAGAUCAAAAUGUUGUUUCGAAGCAGUUGUAUUCUGAUAAAGGAUUAACUUCCAAAAAAAGUGUUGAUUCUGAAUAUUCACAAAUUAGCAAACCUGAAAUCUGUAAAGAUCAAAAUGUUCUAUUGAAGCAGUCAUAUUCUGAUAAAGGAUUAACUUCCAAUAAAAAUGUUGAUCCUGAAUAUUCACAAAAUUACAACCUUGAAAAUUUUAAUAAAGAUAAGGAUACUUCCUGGAAAACAUCAACUUCUUGGAAUAAUUCAAAUCCUGAAUAUUCUGGAAAUUACAAUUAUAAGGAUGACUGUGUAGAUCGUGUUAGAAAAUAUGUAUACAGUUGUUCAUUUGAAAUCAAUUUGGUAAUGGAUUUUUCUUUGUUAGUUUAUUAUUAUUAUUAUUUUUUUUAGGACACCAAAACAAAUUCUGAAUUCAUAAAAUGGAACCAUCACAAACAACAUAAUUCAAGUUUUGGUAGUUAUAAACAACCAAUCAGGAAUCAUCAGGUUUUAUUUUAACAUAUUUUAUUUUCUUCAUAUAAUAAAAUAUAUUAUGUUAAUAAUUUAUGUAAUUGAAUAUAUAUAAUUUAGUAUUUCUAUUAUACAUGUUUCUGGUAAAGUAGUAAUGUAUACAAUAUACAUUAUCCAAUUAAUGUGAUGAUGUAUACAAUAUACAUUAUCCAAUUAAUGUGAUCAUUGCCUAUUUUAUAAAGUAGAAAUAUGUAUUUCUUACAUAACUUACCUUGUAAUUUGUGCACUUCCUACCACUGUGAAGUGUGUGAAGUUUCUAGGUUUUAUAAUAUGUGUACUGAUAUUGUAUACUUUAAAACUUUUUGAUUUCUAGUAUUUAAAUAAUGUUAACUUAAAAUCUGCAAGGGUUUUAUGUAAUUCUAAAUACCACUCAACUUUAAAUUUUAAGAAUAAAUAAUUGUUUAAACUAAUGGCAGUAUUUUUUUUUUAAUUCAGUCUUGUUAUAGUCAUAAUUUAUAAAUAAAUAUUAAUUCAUCAUUUAUAAAAAUCUAUUGAGUUUUCAAGUAUUUAUUAAUUAAUAUGAUAUGCACUUUUUUAUUAUAUUAUUUCAUAAGUUAGCAAUUUAAUACCUAUUUAAUAAACAUAAUUAGUUUUUAAUAUUAUUUUUAUUUUAUAAAUAACUGUUAGUGAGUAAUAUGUGCCAAGUUAAAAAGAAGAAUAUUAUAUUUAUUUUUCAAACAUAAUAAGUAAAUCCACAUUAUAUAAAAUAAAAUAAUUAAUUAUUCACAAUAAAUAUACUAAGAAAAAAUGAUUUUAUAAGUACUAUUAUGGGGUACCUUAUUUUAUUAAUUAUUUACUUUAUCCAUAGCAUUCUGGUUCAUUGGUUAGCAUACAUAUUGCCUGGAUAAUCUAUACAUUAUCCACAAUUUAAGAAUUUUUAUUCAAGGUGUAAUGUGCAAAAAUAGAAAGUGGUCACAUUAACAGAUAAUAUAUUAUAUAAUAUUAUUUAUUUUCUAUAUUACUCAAAACAUAUGUGUAUGUAUAACUAUGCAUUUCUUUAGAAUACUUAUAGAACACCAUUCAGAAAAAUUGAAAGAGGUCCACCAGGCGGGAAUAAAAAUAACAAAAAUGAUUUUAGAAAAACUUCAAAAAAAAAAUUUCAAGGAAAUAUUCCUAAUAUACAAUGUUUGCCAUUAAAUCAAUUAAGAGGUUUUAAUUCAAAAUCUAAUGAAACAUUUACCGGUGACUUCAAAAUAUCAGGUAUGUUCAAAAAGACAUUAAUAAAGUGUUUGGAAAUACCUUCUGUUGCUUAGAAAUUAAAAUGUAAAGAAGGUACUGCUAAACAAUAUAAUUCCUAAAUAACACAUAAUUAGAGAUUGUCUUGUAAAAAUUACUGUGCGAUUCAUUUGGCAUGUUGACUCCAUUUUAGCUUAUGGUUUUAUAAGUGUUUAUUUUUUUUCCUGUGGACAACUUUUUUACUAGCAAUUUCACUCCAACUUCUAAUAAUCGCAAUGUUUCUAAAGGGAAAUUUCAUUAAGUAGGUACUUUAGAGAGGUCAUUUUUUGAUUUUCCCAAAAGUUCCCAGAUGAGAAAAACAGGGAUAAAAUAUGAGAAACGUAGGAAAACUGGGUCAAUCCAUACAACAUUAAACAAAUAUUAUUAAAGAAAAAUAUAUAAUGUAUAUUUAAUUAUUUUACUAUAAAAUGACAUAUAUUGUUGGGAAAGCUUUACUAUCAAUUGAACUCUGCUCAGAAUUAGUUUUUCUUUGCAAUGAUUUAUUGUUGCUUACAGGUAUACAUUAAAUUACCUAUAACUGUGGCUGCACCCAUUUUCUUUAUCCUAAGACGCCUUUUUAGGGUUAAAUUUUCCAUAUUUUAUUCAGAUUGUUAGUUUUGGAAUUUAAAUUUAAAUGCAUACAAAAUUAACCAUAAAAGUGAGGGUGAGCGUGUUUAAUAAAUCACUUGUAUUAAUAUCCAAAAUUGUUAUUUUAUAAAUUUAUUUUGAAACAACAUUUUGAUAUUACUCAUUAGUAACAUUCAUUAUUAAUUUUUUAAAAACUGUUGAAAUCAAUAAUAAUAUUUAAAUUGUCUUCAUUGUCACUACUAAAUAAUAUCAAUGGUUUACCAAUUUUUGUUUAAAAAUAGUUCUUAAUAAUAAUAAACAUUUGUAACCUAAAAAUUUUAUUUUUAUGGCAUUUGGCAGAUUAUCUGACAAUGAUUUCUUUAAGUAGAAAAUAGUUAUAAACAUACACAAUCUAUAUAAUACCCCAUGCUAAAUUUAUCUUUAUAUAUUUUUUCUAAUUUAUUGAUAACUAUUCAUAAAAUAAUUCCUUAAUUUUUUCAAUUUAAAAUGAUAGCUGGUUUUAUAAACUAUGUUUAGAGAAUAACCAGUUUGGAAAUUGUAUAACAUAUGAAAGGAUUGAUAGUGAAAAAAAGAAUUUAAACACUGGUACAAAUAAUUCAAAAAACUCUACAUUUAUACCAGAAAGUGUUCCAGAUUGUACUUUUAAUAGUUUUCAACAACACAAUUUUCCAUUCAUUACAACAAAUAAAUCAUCAGAUACUUCAACUAAAGAUAUUGCUAAUUCAUCAUUAUGGCAUGGACAUCAAAAUGAUAGUGAAAUACAGAAUUUGAGUACUGGAACAAAUAAUUCAAAAACUUCUACAUUUAUACCAGAAAAUGUUCCAGAUGAUACUUUUAAUAAUUUUCAACAAAAUUUUCCAUUCAUAACAACAAAUAAAUCAUUAGAUACUUCAACUAAAGAUAUUGGUAAUUCCUCAUUAUGGCAUGGACAUCAAAAUGAUAAUGAAAUACAGAAUUUGAAUAGGUAAUUCCUCAUUAUGGCAUGGACAUCAAAAUAUUCCUCAUUAUGGCAUGGACAUCAAAAUGAUUCCUCAUUAUGGCAUGGACAUCAAAAUGAUAAUGAAAUACAUGGACAUCAAAAUGAUAAUGAAAUACAGAAUUUGAAUACUGGAACAAAUAAUUCAAAAACCUCUACAUUUAUACCAGAAAGUGUUCCAGAUUAUACUUUUAAUAAUUUUCAACAACAAAAUUUUCAAUUCACAUCACCACAUAAACCAUCACAUACUUCAACUAGAGAUAUUGGUAAUUCCUCAUUAUGGCUUGGACAUCAAAAUGAUAAUGAAAUACAGAAUUUGAAUACUGGAAAAAAUAAUUCAAAAACCCCUACAUUUAUACCAGAAAGUGUUCCUUUAUACCAGAAAGUGUUCCAGAUUAUACUUUUAAUAAUUUUCAACAACAAAAUUUUCAAUUCACAUCAUCACAUACUUCAACUAGAGAUAUUACUAAUUCCUCAUUAUGGCAUGGACAUACAAAUGAUAAUGAAAUACAGAAUUUGCAUACAGGAACAAAUAAUUCAAGCAGUUCUCAGUUUUUACCAGAAAGUGUUUCAUCUCAUACAUUUAAUAAUUUUCAACAAAAUUUGCCAUUCACAUCAACACAUAAACCAUCACAUACUUCAACUAGCGAUAUUACUAAUUCCUCAUUAUGGUAUGGAUAUAAAAAUGAUAAUGAAAUACAGAAUUUGCCUACAGGAACAAAUAAUUCAAGCAGUUGUCAAUUUUCUCAAGAAAGUGUUCGAGAUCAUUCUUUUAAUAAUUUUCAACAACAAAAUUUGUCAUUCACAUUACCUCAUAAACCAUCUCAUACAUUAACUAGUGAUAUGCAUAGACCUAGACAUGUUUUUAAUCCGACUGACUACAACAAACAAGUUCUUAAUAAUUUGUCAUUAUGGCAUGAACAUAAAGAUGAUAAUGAAGUACAGAAUUUGAAUACAGAAAAAAAUAAUUCAAACAGCUCUCAAUUUAUACUAGGAAGUGUUCCAGAUCUUACUUGCAAUAAUUUUCAACAACCAAAGGUGCCACCAUUUACUUUAACAAAUAAAUCAUCUCAUACAUCAACUAGUGAUAUGCAUAGACCUAGGCAUAUUUUUGAUCCUACAGACUUCAACAAACCAAAACAACAUAAUCAAAUUCUUAAUACAUCAUGGACCGAACAUAGAAAUAUUAACAAUUCUUGGAAACACACUGAUUCAACUAAAUCACUUUAUCAAUAUGAUGCUUAUUCAAACAACUAUGAUAUUAUAGGGGUAAUAUAAAACUUAAAUAUUUUAUUUUUAUUUUUGUAGUAGUAUUAAAUUGUUUAUAUAAAAAUAACAAUGCAUGUUUUCAGACACAACAAUUUUAUGAAAAUCAAUUAUAUUCGAACAACUAUGAUAUAGGGGUAAUAUAAAACUUAAUUAUUAUAUGUUUACCAUUGUAAUUAAUAUAUUUUAUUUAUUUAUCGCAAUUAAUAGUUUUUACAAUGAAAAAGUAAUAUUUGGUUGAAAAAUAAUUCAAAGGCAUGUUGAAUUAACUCUAAGAUUACAUUAUACCCCCCAUGUUCUGUCUUAGUCCAACUAAUAGGCAAUUUAGUAAAAUCUACCUUACACAGACUAACUAUGUAGUCUUAAUUUUGGUUUUAAUAUAUGGGCAUCUAUUAUAAAAUUAAAAGCCAACAUUUUUCCAGAAGGCAAGACAAUGCAUUUAUUUUUUGAAAUAUUAAAGUAAUUUGAAAUUGAUUAAUUAGUUUUUAUUUGUAAACAAUGUAUUUCAGUAAUAUUUGGAAUAAUAAUUAGAAUAACAAAAAUGCAUUGGAUUGCCCUCUGUAAUAUUGUCCUCUUUUUAAUUCUAUAAUUAGUGAUAUUAGUCUAAAAGGUAAGGCAGAUUUUGCUAUAUUGCCUUUAGUUAAACUGAGCUAGCACAUACAUGUACAACAUCCUCAUAACCAUUGUAUAUUUAUGAUUAUAAAUAAUUAGUAGAUAAUACUAAUAAUAUUGAUAAUUGAAUUCUAACUUUUACAUUUUUGUUAAAACUUAUCCAAAAGAGAAAAGAAGUAAUGGCAUCACAAGCAAGUGAUCAAAAUGCAAUGAAUGUUAGUGUUGAUGAUUCUUCUAAAAAAGGAAUAUCCAAUAAUGAAUAUAUUAUAAAAGAUGUAAGUAUUGAUUCAAUUAAUAUUUUACCAAUAUUUUAAUCAUAUUCAAUCAAUAUUAUACAUUAAUUUUACUUUGUUCAAAUUGGUUUCAUUUAAUAAUUUUUAUAGUGAAUAAAUGUGUUGCCUGGAUUAUUAUGAUAAUUGUAUUAUAUGGUUUCGAAAAUUCAUCAUCAGGUAUAUCACAGUAAAAAUGUGAUAUACCAGCUGAAUGUGAAGAAAAUUAAUUGGAAGAAUUCAUGGAAAGAAAUUAUACAAAUUGGUUGUUUUACAUAGAAAUAAUUUAUUUUAGUAGGAGAGAUUAUUUAAAAUGGGUUAUUAUUUAUUAUCUAAAAUGUAUUGAUAUAAGAUAUUAUUUUUAAAAUCAGUUUGCAUAUUUAAAAUAUAAUUCAAAUUAUUUUAGAUUCUAAGUGGAGCAAAGAAGCUUAUGGUUUUAUAAAGAUGUUUUUUCAGAUUUUUUUCUGUGCACAACUUUUCUACCAGAAAACUUGGUCAGAUCUCUAAGUGUAACACCUUUUAUGAAAGGAAAUCUGUGUGGGGUGUUACUUUAGGAAGCUAAUUUUUCGAUUUUCUCAAAAGUCAUCUCAUAAAAUUUUAAAUUCUGGGAAAAACUGUAAAAUAUUAAACAAAUAUUAUUAAAGAAAAUAUAUAAAGCCCAUUCAAUUAUUUUGUUAUUAAAUGGCAUAAAUAUUGUUGACAAAGCAUCACUAUUAACUGAACUCCCAAAAUUGGUUUUUCUUUGCAAUGGUUUAUUAUUGCUUACAAAUAUAUGAAAUUAUCUAUAACAGUGGCUGCACCUGUCCCCAUUAUCCUAGGACGUCUUUUUACUAUUGAUUUCUUUUUCCUGAUUUUAUUUGUAGAUUAGAAAGUUCCAUGACAUGUAUAUAACAACAGAGACAGUGCUGUACCUUGAGGUAUUCCUAGGGACAUAAAUUUAAUUGUGCUUUUUAUAUUGUUUAUUUUAACUUUUUGGCUUCUGUUAAAAUAUGAAUAAUGCUAGAAUAACUAAAAAAUAAUGUUAAUAAUGUUUUGUGUUUAAUACUGAUUUGGUUUUUAAAUUAUUUAUUUAUUUAUUAUAAGAUACUGAGUUGAAGACUUUACUUAGAUCCAUAAAUACACCUAUUGAUUUUCUUUUAGAAUUCAUUGAGUGAAGGAUUGUGUAUGUUAAACUAGUAAUAGCACCUUCAGUGUUAUACCCUUUUCUAAAGCCAAACUGAGUUAUAGGAAGGAUUUGAUUUCUUUUUAGAUUAUAAGCUCUUCUGAAUUUAAUAUUUCAAAUAUUUUGGAGAAAAUUAUUAAGAGACUUAUUGUUCUAUAAUUUUCUACUUGGGUUAGAUUACCUUUUUUGUGAAUUGGGGUAAUUAUUGCUAUUUUGAAGCUAACUGGGACUAUUUCUGGGUUUAUUAUAGUAAUUAUUAUAUUAACUACUGGUAUUGCUCAAGCGCUUUAUCAUCUAGUAAUUUAAUUAUGUCUGCAGUAAAUAUUGUCAUAACCCUGAGUAAUUUAUUAUGGAAACUGUAAGAUCUAAGAAAUAAAUCUAUUAAUUAAUUUGUAUUUAGAGUGUAAAUUGAAUGUUUUAUUUAUUUUGAUUAAGUUAUUAAUUAAAUUUUCUGCUUGUCUAUUUGAACCUUUAAAUAAUAUAAAGGUGUCAUCAACAUAUCUAUAAUAUGCUUUCAUAUAUAGAUUGUAUAUUUUGUUGUUAAUAAUAUUAUUAGUUUCAUAAUUUUGCAUGUACAUUUCAGAUAAAAGAGCACUUAAAUAACUAAUCCAACCGUUUUCAAAUAUAUUUAUUAUAUUGGAAAUAGUUUUGACUAAUAAUUACAUUUAUUAAUUUAAUAAUUUUUUAUAUUUUAUUUGUAUUGAAUUUAUUACUAUGUACAAGUUUAUUUUUUAAAAUAUUUACUGUUUUGUGUUUAGGAAUGGAUGUAUAUAAAUUUUUGACAUCAAGAGAAAUCAUUUUAUAACCUAGCACAAUAUUAAUUUUAUCAAUAAAAUCAUGUGUUUUUUUUUUAUAAAAGUAUCAGUAUUCAUGUUUAUUUAAUGAAAUACGAUCAAGUCUAAAACAAGACUAUAACUAAAUCAAAUUUUGCUAAAUAUGUUUUAGAAAAUAACCAUAGUAUAAGCUUUAAUAAUAUAACAGACUUAGAGAUAUUAAGUAUCCAAAAUAAUAUUUACAUUAAUUCAAUUUUAGAAGAAUUGCAUGUAUGCAAUGAAAUAAAAAAAAAAAAUUGUUUAAUAUAUUUUAAAUGUGCAAACCAAUUUUAAAAAUAAUAUCUUAUAUCAAUACAUUUUAGAUAAUAAAUAAUAAUCCAUUUCAAAUAAUCUCUCAUAUUAAAAUAAAUUAUUUCUAUGUAAAACAACUGGUUUGUAUAAUUUCUUUUCAUGUAUUCUUUUAAUUAAUUUUCUUUAUAUUCAGUUACUUUUUACAUUUUGCCUGUGAUAUACCCGAUGAUUAAUGUUUAAUUUGAAACCAUAUAAUACAAUUAUCAUAAUACUCCAGCCAACAUAUUUAUUUAUUUUUUUAUUUAUAUAUUUAUUUAUGAGUAUUAACCAUUUUAACAAUUUUGUUUUUAGUUUAUUAUUUUGUUAAAUUUGGAUAGUUGACAUAUCACUGUUAUUUAAAAUUGUGUUACUAAUUGGUAAUAUUUAAAUUUUGUCUAAUAACACUUCUAAAACUUAUAAAUGUAGUUUUGUAAAUUAGUUGAGAAAAAAGGGUAUAUUAUAUUUUUAUAUAGAAUAUAAAAAUGUCAAAACACAUACUCUAUUUAAAGAAGUGUAAAUUUUGUUUUAAUCCAAUAGCUCAUACACGGGUUUUAAUAAUAAUGUAUGUUUAAUAUAAUAUCAGCAAAUUAUUCUAAUAUAAAUACUAUUGUCAUCAAUAAUUUAUUUAAAUUUUUUUAUAUUUAUUGAUUUUUAUAAUUUUAGUAUUUAUGCCCUGAAACACUGGUUGGCUGUACUGUUAAAUUUUCAUCAAGAAAAUUGGCAAACACUUUAAUAAGAGAAAAAAUUGAAGAGAUUUUGAGCACACAUGGUCCAUUAGAGGUAAUUAAUACAGGUUUAAUUUGUAUAUAAAUAAAAUACCAUUAGAUAACAACAAAAACUAAUUUUAUCAUAUUGUUAUCAAUAGUUACUUACAUUUUAUGAUUUAAUGACAAUCAAAUAUUAAAUCAAUCAUUUAAUAUUUAUUAUUAAUGAAUUAUGAGUAUUUCAAGUUAAAAAUGCAAGUAUAAAUUAUCUUGUUGGACAUUUUGGUUUUAUUAUUUUCUUUAAACAUCUUGCAAUCUUUCUUGACAUUAAUUCUGUGAUACAAUAUUUCUUUCAAAGGCUCUUGGUUGAAUCUUGUUAACAUGUAACAAUAGUGUUGUCUUAUCUAUUUUUUACCUUAAUACCUGUAACUCUCUCUUUCUUAUUGUAAUUUAUCAUCAUAACUUAUCCUCUCAUUCACUUGUUUCAACUUGAAGUUAGUUCUUAUAAUUCUUAUUAUAAGAAUAAAAUUAAUAUAUAAAUUUUCCUAUUUUUUUUUUGAUAAAAUAUUAUAUAACUUUGUAAACCUAUUUCAUUUUGUAUACAUUUCUUGUUUUUAGUUAAUUUUUUUAAAUAAGUUGAAUUAACUAUGCACACUUAUUGUUUGUUAUUAUAAUUUUUUUUUUUUUGCAGAUAUUUAUUUACUAUUUCAUUCCAUUAAUUUUUUAAUAUCAAAAAUGUCUAACUUUUACAAUAACAAAUAAUAGUUAUUUUCUACCAUGUACUCCAAAAACUACCCAUUAGAUCAAAAAUGUUGACAUAGAUCUUUAAUAUCAGAGUCAACAAUAUCUUUUAAUGGGUUAUCACUAAGCUGGCUAUUGUUAAUUUAUAUGCUAACUUUAUUUUAUUUAAAUUGAUUUUACUUAAUUAUUGUUUUACUGUUGUUUGAUGUACUGUUAUACCAUAGAAAUAAAUCUUUUCAUUUGACUUCAUUCAAAUUAUUUAGAGUUGGUUACCCUGGUUAAACUUCCAUCUUUUUUUCAGUCAUUCUCUCCACCUCUUUCAUCCUACAUUUAUUUUAAUUAAAAUUCUUACUCUUUCAGAUUUCCCUCUUCCCACCCAUUAAAUGCACAAACUAUCUCAGUCUAUUUUAUCUAAUUUUGUUUAUUAUUUAAGCUACACCUAAGCUACCUCUUAUGUACCUCAUCCCCUAUCCUAUCUUCUAUUGUCACUCUACUCAUUUACCUAAAUAUUAUCAUCUUUGUUGCACUCAUUCUAUUAUUUUUUUGCCAUCUACAACAUUUACAACCACCCAACAUUUCAAACUAGAGCUCACUAUUUAAAUUUAAAUUAAUAUUUGUUUUUAUAAAACUGAAUUUGAUAUAUCCUUGUACUUAUUCAUGUGUACACGUAUUCAUAUAUUUAUGUAUUUUACUAUAAACAAGUAUUUAAUUCCUAACAUAUAGUUAUUGUAGAUAAUAAAAAAUGUUUAGUGACUUGACAUGGGCUGGUCAUACCCUAUUUAUAUUGCACUGUAGUACCUAGAUACUAAAAUACAUGAACACUGAUAUUAAAUUCAUGUGUAUUAAUUAUUUGUGAAUACAAUUUUUUCAUUCAUGGACUUCAUGUUCUAAUAUAUAUUAGUUCAUGUUUUAAAUAGAAACUUCUACUCCUAAUCAUAUAACAUAGUCAGUCUCACCAUUCUUUUGUAGAACAACUCAUUGUAACAAAACACAUCUUACUCCACUUUAUCCAACCACACUUACCGUUUUCUUCUUUGAGUAUUUGUUGGCAAUUAUGUUAGUAAUUUGGUCUUUAUUAAUGGUUUUUCUGGAUAAUGAGGUCAUAUAUGUAUUUAACCACUUUAUGCAGUUGUUUAUCCGAGAAAUUUGAGCAGCUCUUCCACAGUUUCUUUUUCCAACUAUUUUGCCCUGGAUUAUUAAUUGCAGUGUAAUAUAUUUGUCUGGAUGCUGCAUAACAUGUCCCAGAUAUUGAAACUUUUGCAUUUUUAUUGUUUUCACUACUUACCAUAGGAAUAAAUAAAAAAAAAAUAAUUUGUUAUUUCAAUGUGAGUGUAUGAAAAACUACACAGACUUUUAUUAUAUUUAACUAAUACAUAUUAAUAGCAGUAAUAAUAUUUUUUAAAUAUGUUAUAUUUGAUAUAGUUUAUUUACUUUUUUUUAGAAUUCUUGGUGGACCCCAGAUGAUCUGUAUUUCAUAACAUACAAAACAAGAGAUUUAGCUCAAUAUGUGUUUAAACUAUAUCCAAAGAAUACAGCAAGUUCAUACUAA